GUGUAUCGUUUCCAAAAGUGGUCAGCAACGCGUACUUUUCAUCGUCAGAAGAAACUGGCUGAAGCCGAAAGACUAGGCAAAUUAGCUCCAUCGAUUGAAGUGCCGAUUGGAAGACCGACAUUACCCGGCAACGUUCAACUCAUCACCGUACCAGCGAUGGAAGCGAAUCUGAAACCUCAGCAUAAAGGGUUCUUUUUGAAUCCUCAAGGCAAGACAUCGAUCAGUAUCCUGCACGAAUACGUUCAGAAGGUGCUCAAGAGCACCAUCAAUUACCAAUUCACCGAGACGAGGAGUUCAUCGACGCCGUACGGGUGUGCAGCACGUUUGAAGAUGAAUCUGAACAAUCGCGUGAUGAGUGCGGCGAGUAUCAAGGAGAAGUUGAUGCUACUGCAAGAAAAACAGCGACGUGAAGCCAAUUUGAAGCAACAGAAUGGCGAUUCACUCGGUUUGGUGUACUUUAUUCAUCUGAUUCAUUUC